AUGUCGUUGAAAGCGCUGUCCUGCCUUAUUGUGCUAGCCUGUGUAUUAAUCUCUUGCCAUGCCCAACGCCAAUACAAUCCAUAUCUGAGCAACCCGUACUAUAGGGACUUGUACUACAAGAAUCGCGAUUUGUACAAUCAACGCCGCUUCUAUGACAACUUCUACAAGCAGUACAAUCCUAAUGUGGCCAACGUGCAGGCGCGGAUUGUGGACCAAUUAAACACUCCAAACUCUGGCUCUGGCGUCUAUUCGUACAGCUAUGAGACUGAGAACGGUAUACACGGGGAGGAGCGUGGUGCACCUCUAGAUAUUGGCAACGGUGAGCAGGAGGAACAAGUUGCGGGCUCCUAUUCGUAUAUUACACCAGAGGGCUUGCGUGUGGGAGUCACGUAUGUUGCCGACGCUAAUGGAUAUCGUCCAAUCAUCACAUAUGAUGGUGUCAACUCUGCCUUAUAUGCCCGUCAACAGGCACCUGCCAGUGUGGCUCUUACAAAACACUAA